GAAGCUGAAGGGGGUGACGUAGGGCAGAGUGUGUGAAAGUGCAUGCAGGGAAAGUGCAGGCAGGGAAAAGCAGGAAAAGAAGCCGCUCAAAAGGAGGGUUAAAGAAGCUAAAAGUAAGGAAACAACGCAAAAGGCAAAGCAGAAGGGAACGACGGACAAAGGAAACUACUUUGGUGCAGAGGUCUGAGAGAGCAAAUUUGGCAGCAGCACGGAAAGAAGGGAUCAGAAAAAUAGCAUGACAUACCGACUGUUUGAGGGAAAGGAUCAUGCCUUCUCUUACCAAAAGUAUCGCUUCACACCUCCAGACGAGCUCAAGAACAUCAUUCUUCAAUACCUCUCUAAAAAGAAGGAAGAGCCACAUGUGCUGGCUGUGGAUCUGGGAUGCGGGACGGGUCAGAACUCACGCCUAUUGGCGCCGCACUUCCAGGAAGUGGUGGGAAUCGACAUCAGUGAAUGUCAACUGGAGGAGGCCAGAGCCGUGCCUGGGUACCCGAACGUCACAUACAGGAAGGGAACCGCAGAGGAGCUUCCUUUCCCAGACUGCUCUGUAGACCUGCUGGCAGCAGCGUCGGCGGCCCACUGGUUCGAUCAGUCGAGGUUCCUGGCCGAAGCAAAUCGGGUUUUGAAGCCCGGGGGAUGCGUGGCUCUGCUGGGUUUCAGCGACUCUGGCACCAGGUUUAACUACCAGGGCUGUGGAGAAAGACUCAAUCACAUUUAUGAAGAGGUGAAGCAGGUGCUGCUGCCAUUCACAAGCAAACGAGCGGCUGUAGCUGAUGGUAAGCUGGAGGAGCUCUACACUGCCAUCCCCUUUCCUGACAAAGAGAGGAUUGAGAGUGUUCAGGUGAAGUCGUCAAUCUCAGUCAGGAAUCUGGCCGGCUUCAUUGAGACCUGGUCCAUGUUCCAAGGUUACAAAAAGAAAGACCCCGAAGCUGCUGGCCAACUGCUGCUAACGACUCAAAAGAGGUUUCUGGAGGAGAUGGGAGUGAUGUCCCCUGACACUGAAAUGGAUCAGGAAAUGGAAUAUUUCUGCAUCCUAACAUCAAAACCAGCUCCAUCAACAUUGUAGAAUUGGAUGUUUUAAAGGAGAGUUUAUGGGUCUUGCCCGCUACAAUCUGCAUUUAAUUAACUUGAAAACCAAUUAUUGAAUGUGUGUGUUCAGCGUGGAAAUAAACCCUGAAUACAACUCUU